AUGGUGGAAUGGAAAAGAACAGGGAUAUCAUAUGUAGGUGGAGAGGUAGCUUUGGCUUGUGGUUUGUUGAUGUGGAUUGGAAGCAUCAAUGGAAUUAGGCGUAAAGUGUUUGAGGUGUUCUUCUACAGUCACUACCUCUACAUUCUCUUCAUCGUCUUCUACAUCUUUCACGUUGGUUUCUUGUAUGCAUGCACAAUGCUCCCUGCUUUCUACCUCUUCUUAGUUGAUCGGUAUCUGAGGUUUUUGCAAUCAAGAUACCAAGUUCGUUUGCUUUCUGCUUGUGUUUUGCCAUGUCAAACUGUACAACUCAACUUCUCCAAGAGCCACGGUUUGACUUAUAGUCCCACAAGUAUUCUGUUCAUAAAUGUUCCAAGUAUCUCCAAGCUACAGUGGCAUCCAUUUACCAUUACUUCUCAUAGUAAUUUGGAGCCAGAAGUGCUGAGUGUAGUAAUUAAAGGUGAAGGAACGUGGUCCAGGAAGCUCUACCAGAUGAUUUCAAUCCCUUCCGCAAUUGAUCAUCUCAGUGUCUCUGUUGAAGGUCCAUAUGGUCCUGCAUCCACCAAUUAUCUAAGGUCUGCAUCUAAUGAUCAAAAAACAAAUUUUACAUGCAAUUUAGACCCCUCAGUGGUAGCUUCGUAG